ACCCUUCGCCAUAUCUCAAGGUGUUCUAUCAAACCAGAGUUCGUUUCAGAAGAAUCAAAGGCGCAACCUUUCUACUUGAACCCAUCUGAUCUUGCCAUGGUUAACUCACACUACAUCCAGAAGGGUCUUCUCUUUCCCAAACCUCCUUCCAUUAAUACCUUCAUCGACUACCUUAAGGUUUCCCUUUCCCUCACCCUCGUCCAUUUCCUCCCCUUAACCGGCCACCUCGUCACGAACAAACAAGACGAACAAGACCCACCUUCUUACUCAAUUUCUAUUGAUUGUAAAACCAUCCCAGGAGUCGAUUUUGUCCACGCUGUUGCAGACGUGACCAUGGCAGAUUUCCUCUCCCCCAAUAACGACGUUCCACAAAUUGUUCAAUCCUUCUUUCUGCUAGACAAAUCUCUCAACCACGAUGGGCAUAGCUUGCCUUUGCUGGCUGUGCAGGUUACAGAGUUAUUGGAUGGAAUCUUCAUCGCUUGCUCUUUCAACCAUGUCGUCGGUGAUGGUACCUCUUAUUGGCAUUUCUUCAAACAAUGGGCCGACAUAUGCAGGAUGGUCAAGACCGUAAACCAUGAACAUAUCUCUCGCCCACCAGUCCUUAAUCGCUGGUUCCUCGAUGGUCACGGCCCCAUAAUCAGUUUACCUUUCUCUCACAGUGAUGGGUUUGUUGACAAGUGCCUGCCAGUAUCCAUGGGGCUCAAAGAUAAGUUCUUCCAUUUCUCACCACAAUCCAUUGCGAAGCUCAAAGCUAAGGCCAACGCUGAGUCUACCACCACCAGCGGCAGCACCAUAUCCUCCUUCCAGGCCUUAUUUGCACUUAUCUGGCGAUCUGUGACACGAGCACGCCGUCAUCUACCCAACCACCAGAAAACGACUUGCAGGAUGGCCAUCAAUAAUAGAUCAAGAUUGAACCCACCAUUAUCCCCAAACUACUUUGGAAACUGUAUUCAGGCAGUGAUCACAAGCGCCACCGUCGGAGAAUUACUCAGCCAUGGGAUUGGAUGGGCAGCUUGGCUAUUGGAUGAAGCUGUGAAUGACCAUUCUGACAGUAAGGUUAGAAGGAAGGUAGAGGAGUGGUUGAAAAGUCCUUACCAGUUUGGCAAUUUCUUUGAUCCUUAUGGUAUCAUGAUGGAAAGCUCACCCAGAUUCACUAUGUAUGGGUGUGACUUUGGGUGGGGACAAGCAGAGGCUGUUCGAAGUGGGUUUGCAAACAAGUUUGAUGGGAAGGUUUCUUCAUAUCCAGGGCGCCAUGAAGAAGGAAGUGUGGACUUAGAGAUGAGACUUCCACCUGAGACCAUGAGUGCCCUUGAGUUCGACCCUGAAUUUAUGGAUGCGGUGUCGCUGUCCCACCACCAUCAAUUGCAUUAACAUCUUUUCCCUGUAGUUCUCUUCAACCAAAUAAAGAAACAUCAACGUCAUCCUUCUGCC